CCGCCCCCUGAGCUCCCCCGCUUCCCCUUCCCCCUCCCCGCACACCGCCUGCCGCGGCUUCCUCCUAUCGCGAUAGUCGCCGGCGGCGCGGGGGGGGGGCCGCCAUGUCGAGCAGCGGUCGCAGCCCUUUGCCGACCGUCAACGAGAGGGACGCGGAACAGCCGGGCGCCGUGGAGGGCAAGGGCGGCGGCGGCAAGGCCAGCAUGCUGCGGGGCCGCAACGCCGGCACGGCCGCCGAGGAGCAGCCCCACAUCGGCAACUACCGGCUGCUCAAAACCAUCGGCAAGGGCAACUUCGCCAAGGUCAAGCUGGCCCGGCACGUCCUGACCGGCAAGGAGGUGGCCGUGAAAAUCAUUGACAAGACGCAGCUCAACUCCUCCAGCCUGCAGAAGCUCUUCCGGGAAGUGCGAAUAAUGAAGGUCCUGAACCACCCCAACAUAGUGAAGCUCUUUGAGGUGAUCGAGACGGAGAAGACGCUUUACCUGGUCAUGGAAUACGCCAGCGGGGGUGAGGUGUUCGAUUACCUGGUGGCCCACGGGCGCAUGAAGGAGAAGGAGGCGCGGGCAAAGUUCCGACAGAUAGUGUCGGCCGUGCAGUACUGCCACCAGAAGUUCAUUGUGCACAGGGACCUGAAGGCCGAGAACCUGCUGCUGGACGCCGACAUGAACAUCAAAAUCGCCGAUUUUGGCUUCAGCAACGAGUUCACCUUCGGGAACAAGCUGGACACGUUCUGCGGCUCGCCGCCCUACGCCGCCCCCGAGCUCUUCCAGGGCAAGAAGUACGACGGGCCCGAGGUGGACGUCUGGAGCCUGGGGGUCAUCCUCUACACGCUGGUCAGCGGCUCGCUGCCCUUCGACGGGCAGAACCUCAAGGAGCUGCGGGAGCGGGUGCUGCGGGGGAAGUACCGGAUCCCCUUUUACAUGUCCACGGAUUGUGAGAACCUCCUCAAGAAGUUCCUCAUCCUCAACCCCACCAAGAGGGGCACCCUGGAGCAAAUCAUGAAGGACCGCUGGAUGAACGUGGGCCACGAGGACGACGAGCUGAAGCCCUACAUGGAGCCCGUGCCUGACUACAAGGACCCCCGCAGGACAGAGCUGAUGGUGUCCAUGGGCUACACGCGGGAGGAGAUCCAGGAGUCGCUGGUGGGGCAGAAGUACAACGAGGUGAUGGCCACCUACCUGCUGCUGGACCACAAGAGCUCCGAGCUGGAGGAGAACCUGUCCCUGAAGCCGCGGGUGGCCCCGGAGGUGGCCAACAGCUCGGGCCCCUCCCCCGCUCACAAGGUGCAGCGCAGCGUCUCGGCCAACCCCAAACGGCGCGUCAGCGACCAGGCCGGGCUCUCCAUCCCCACCUCGGCCUCGUACUCCAAGAAAACGCAGGCGGCCAACGCCGAGAACAAGCGAGGAGGAGGAGCAGGAGCAGGAGCAGGAGGAGGAGGAGGAGGAGGAGGAGGAGCCGGGGAGGAAGAGGGCGGGGGCGGGGGGCGCCGGGCCGGCAGCACGGCCAAGGUGCCCCCCAGCCCCCUGCCCGGCCUGGAGCGAUCCAAGGGCACCCCCUCCCCCUCCACGAACAGCGUCCUGUCCACGGGCACCACGCGCAGCCGGAACUCGCCGCUGCUGGACCGGGCCAGCCUGGGCCAGAGCUCCCUGCAGAACGGCAAGGACAGCGGGGCCCCCCCCCGGGUGCCAGCAGCGUCCCCCUCUGCCCACAACGUCAGCCAGGGCCCGGGCGAGCGGCCCAGCUUCCCCCGGGGGGUCUCGAGCCGCAGCACCUUCCACGCCGGGCAGCUCCGCGCCCCCCGGGACCCCCGGGACCCCCUGCCCUACGCGCUGCCCCCCGGGCUGCCCCCGCCCGCCUCGCCCUCGGGCGCCAGCCAGGGCCGGCGCGGCCCCUCGGCCAGCCUCUUCAGCAAGUUCACCUCCAAGUUCGUGCGCAGAAAUCUGUCUUUCAGGUUUGCCAGAAGGAACCCCCACGAGCCCGAGAGCAAGGAGCGGGUGGAGACCCUCAGACCGGCGGUGGGCCCCGAGAAGGACCCCCGGGACGCCGGGCGCGACGCCAAGCCGCGCUCGCUGCGCUUCACGUGGAGCAUGAAGACCACGAGCUCGCUGGAGCCCGGGGAGAUGCUGCGCGAGAUCCGCAAGGUGCUGGACGCCAACAGCUGCCGCUGCGAGCCCCAGGAGCGCUUCGUGCUGCUCUGCGCCCACGGCGCGCCCGGCCACGACUCCUUCGUGCAGUGGGAGAUGGAGGUGUGCAAACUGCCCCGGCUCUCGCUCAACGGCGUCCGCUUCAAGCGCAUCGCCGGCACCUCCAUGGCCUUCAAGAACAUCGCCUCCAAGGUGGCCAACGAGCUCAAGCUCUGAGCCGCGGCCGGGACGGCGGGGGGCACCCGGGGGCGGCUCCGGGGCGGCCGCGGAGCGCCGGGGACACGGACGCGGCCAGCCGGGAGCGGCUCUUGGGGACACGGUGAGCCGGGAAUGGCCGCCGAGCUGCGGCUCUUGGGGACACGGCCACGGCCACCUCGGCGCUCCGGCCGCGAGCCACGGACGCGGUGACCUGGCAGCGGUGACCCGGGAGUGCCUCUGAGGUGGCCACGGAGCUCCGGCUCUGAGCCACGGACACGGUGGGGACGCCCACGGGGGGACACGGGAGCGCCGGGACGGACCUGGGGAGUCCCGGGGGCUCCUGGCUGGACCUGGGCAUCACCUGGACGGACCUGGAGCGCUCUGCAGGCCUUGGUGGGCACGUCCCGGACGGACCUGGAGCCCUGGACGGACCUGGAGCCCUGGACAGACCUUCUGUGGGGUCCAGGAACCUCCUGGAUGGACCUGGGACCUCCCGGGGUCACCUGGCCGGACCUUGUGCGGGGUCCAGGUCACCACGGGGACACCCUGGAUGGACCCAGGGCCACCUGGAUGGAGCUGGGAUCUCUGGGGCUCACCUGGCUGGGCCUGGCACCACCUGGAGGCACCUGGGGCCGUCCUGUGGCAUCCACGGCCUUGUGAGGAUGGGGGGACAUCCUGGAUGGGCCUUUGGGGACAGGGCCAGGGUUUCACGGGGACAUCCUGGUGGCCCAGGGACCUGGGGGCACCUUCUGGGAGGGGGGAGCAAGGCUCAUCUGGGGACAGGGACCUCUGGGGACAGG